AUGCAGUUGGCAGAUGUCUACGAUGUAAAAUCAUUCAUAGCCAUAACAGAGGGAAACACACUUGCAGACCCAGUGCAGAAGUACAAAGCAGCAACCUUGAAUUUCUUCAAGAAGCUGAAGGAGCUUCCCACAAAGUACGAUUUGCACAGUGCAACACAGUACAUAGUGCCAAGGGAGAUCUUGCCGCACACGCCAGAGUACUCAAAGGAAACCGUGUUCCCUCGGAUAAGAGUUCUUCCAGGAGAAGAGCCAAAGACCAAAUGGGAGAUAUUCGCAGAGAGAAAGGGUAUACAAAAGAACAGGAAUAAAAGCGGCGGUAGAAUAUACAACGAAGUAACAAGAGAGCACACGGCUGCCUUCGGCAGAGGAAGCAAAAAUGAUCUGGAUAGAAACUGGCUUAUAGAAAUAAAAGAAAAUGAAGACCCGAUGGUGGACAGACACUCUGAGCUAAAAGAAAGGAAGAAAAAGAACAGGAAAGAUCAAAAAAUGAAAGAGUACAGAAAUCUGAAGAGAACAGAUAAGAUAAAAUGUUUCCAGAGAAGAGACAGAGACGACAUGCUGUAG